AUGAAGGUGGCCGCUGCACUCCCAUUUACGCGUCGUAACCAAGAGGCUGUUGCGUUCUCCGACCUAGACUAUUUCACGUCUGAGACAGCCUUUUUGGCAAAUCUUGGGACCAGAGUCACCGGCACGCCAGAGCACAACGUGCUAAUUGACCAUAUCAAGGGUUCACUCGAACUGUUGGGGCUGCCAGUCUACGCACACCAUCUCAACUUUACUUAUAACGAUCAGUUGAUCAGCCCUCCAAAGCUUGUGGUCAAUAAUGCAGAGCUUGAGAUCUCCUCGUAUCUCCCUUACUCAGGAAAUACCGAUUUUGAAGGGCUGACCGGGGAGCUCGUUGACCUGACGGGGUCGAAUGUCAAGGAUAUCAACUGGGCACGGGCAAAAGGUAAGAUAGCCGUUGUCAACAUCACUGGUGGGUUACAAGACUAUCGAGACACACUUGCUCCAUGGGCCGGCCAGCCUGACUGGUAUGUUGCGACAGGCAUACCGCCCACUGUGGCUGAUGCUAGAGUUGGAAACCUCACACAGGCAAGACAGGCUGGUGUCAAAGCGGUCAUCCAUCUAUGGGAGAACAUAUCUACGGGUAGUGCAUUUGGUCAAUACACUCCUUUUAAACGACUUUUUCAGGAUAUGCCAAGUGUGUUUGUCGCGGGUCAGCCAGCCAUGGCUGUGAAAACGGCUAUCAAGGAGAACACGACGGCGACUUUGACAUUGCAAGGUAAAUUACACCCCAACACAACGACCAGGACAAUCUACACAGUCUUUGCAGGUAACAAAUACCCAAAUGAGACUGUGAUCAUCAACACCCACACCGACGGAACCAAUGCCCUGGAAGAAAAUGGAUACAUUGCUAUCAUGAGCUAUGCACGACACCUUCUUGCAAAUCCACCAAAGCGCACUACUGUUCUCGUCUUUCUGACGGGCCACAUGCAUCAGCCAGCCUUCAGCACUCGCGGCCGAGCCAUGCGGCGAUGGCUCGACGAUCAUAUCGAGUUCUGGUCUGGUGGCGACGGUAACAACAUGACCGCAGUAGCGAGCACCUGUGUUGAACACCUCGGCGCACUCGAAUGGGCCGAGGAUCUGUCGAACGACACAUACUUCCCUACAGGUCGAUUGGCCGAUGAAAUCCUGUACGCCAACACCCCGGAGACGCUGGCAAUACUGCAGCAGCACUGGAACGGCGCUCGUGAAGGCUUCCUGCGGGUCAGCAACCCUAUCCCCAAAGGAUUACAAUUCGGUGAGGGUCAACCUCUAACGGAUGUCGGUAUCCCCAAUAUCGCUCUCGUGACUAGUCCGCUUUAUACGGUGGCGGAGAUGCCACGAGACUUUGAUGAGAGGAAAUUGAUUGACAUUCCUGCGAUGAAGAGACAGGUCGACAGUUUCUUCCGUGUUUGGGCAGAUAUGGAUACCUUGGAACGAGAUGCGUUUGGUAUCGUUCCUCCAAUGGUGAGACCUGCUUAG